AUGGGUUUACAAUGGAGAGAACUUGCAAAACAAUUUAUUGUUCGUUCCAAUAAUGACCGCCUUGAGAAGGAACAGAAGAAUACUUACUUGCAAAAUCUCCAAGAAUUAUCUCACAAUUGCAAGGUCAAAAACCCCAAAGACCUGGAACUUGGCGCAUCAUGGCUCAUGAUGAUGCUAAACACCAAUGGUAUAGAUAUGAAGCAACUUUUAGACGUUAUUGUGGCUAUCAUAGAUAUGAAGACCAGUAAAGUGAACACCUUAGUUUUCCGUGGUCCGACAAAUACGGGGAAAACUCUAAUGGCCAAACUAAUUAAUUCGCAUUUAACAAUUGGUACAGUGUGUCGUCGUGGAGACCAAACUGCUUUCCAUUUCGAUAACCUGUUAAAUCGUACUGUGGCACUCAUGGAGGAACCUCAUAUUACGAUGACAACUAAAAACGACUUCAAGAAUCUUCUUGGGGGUGAUGAGUUUGAAAUUGAUGUAAAAUACGGCGCGAAAAGGUUCCUAGGCAGACUGCCUAUAAUUGCAACCACAAUCGAAGACCUGGGUGCUUUAUUGACAUCUGUUGAUAGAGCAGCUCUGUAUUCUCGUGUAAAGGAAUACCAAUUGAGGGAACAAAUCAUGUCUGAAUUGAUUAAUGGUACUAUUUCAAAGGCGCCAGUGACAUUGUGUGCCUGCCACCUUCGAGAUUUAUUCAAACGAUAUGGGUUUUACGGAGAUAGAGUCCUUGAGAUAGACGUCCCCCCAAAUGCAGAAAUAAUAUAUCAGACUCCGAGGAGAACAUCCACGGAGGAGUACGAUAUAGAGGAGGAUGGAUUCCUAAUUCGUAUCCCACCAAAAAUUAAAUUACUUGAACAUGAACGACCCAAUAGUCCAAGCUUUCUUGGACUCGACCCCUUCGACAUCGAAGACUGCCAGGAGAUCUUCCCGUCUGCCCAAAGACUGGGAAACAUGGGAGAGGGACAGCAAAGUCUGAUACCUCCUGGGCUGGUUACUGAAGAUUCGCUUCCAAAUGAUAACGUUUCCAUGGGAGGAGUUCCAUUCACUCCUCGUCGGUACUAUUAUACAUUAAUACUGCACAACUAUGGGAAGAUGCCUACAGCAAUAAGCUGUCCAUAUGUUGAACACGAUCACCACAUGCAUGUGCUCAUUCAAGCGCGAGACAAUGUGUACCGUAAAGUUGAUCGUCUACUUAACGAUUGCCUUGUUUCUGCUAACGAUUGGUGGUUAGUGAAAAACACUUGGCAAUUAGUACGGAACGUUUACUUGAUUCUACAGUAUUUUAAAUUCCGCGAGACAGUUCACGAGGUCAGCACCGAGCUACACGAAGAGUGGGAGAUGGCGCAAAAUUCGCCUCCCAUUGAACCUCAGAUAGCAUGCCUGUCAGAUAUUCGGCGGACGCGCAAUGCGAUCAAUGCAACUCAAAGGGCAGAAAGUCGACACGGCAAAUAUAAUAAUCUCUUGGAAUAA